AUGGCUUCCAAUCGCGGCCGGCGCAUCGCAAAGGAAAUCGCCGAUAUCCAUGCCGAUACCCUUUCGCAUGUCACGGUGGAACCGGUGGGCGAUGACGAGGAUAUCACGCAUCUUCGAGGCUCAUUUCCCGGACCCCCGGCCACUCCGUACGAGGGUGGUACCUAUAAGAUCGACAUCCGAAUCCCUACAGACUAUCCGUUUCGUCCGCCCCUAAUGAAGUUCGAGACCAAGGUAUGGCAUCCGAACGUCAGCAGCCAAACGGGUGCCAUUUGCCUGGAUACUCUUGGGACGGCGUGGUCGCCGGUUCUCACAAUCAAGUCAGCUCUCUUGUCGCUCCAGUCGUUGCUGAGCACGCCGGAGCCGAAAGACCCUCAGGAUUGGGAGGUUGCGACAAUGCUCCUCCAAAAGCCCAAGGAUUAUGAGCGCAAGGCUCAGGAAUGGGCCUGGCUCCACGCGGGAGCCCCCAAGAGACCGGGAGGAGAAGGGAGCGGCGGAGCCACCGACGAGUCGCUCCGUCUGCAGGAACUCAAGUUCAAGGAGGAUCGAGCAAAGGAAGAUUUGGCCAAGUAUGAUGGGUAUAACAAGGACUUGAUCGAUCGAUUCUGCAGUAUGGGCUUUGACGUGGACCGCGUCGUUUCGGCCUUCAAGCAUUACGGCAUCGACCGAAACGACGGCGAGGAUUACGAGUUGGAGGAAGCUUACAUGGGCGACGUCACUGCACGGCUCUUGGAAACCCACUGCCACCACGGUGAGCGCGCCACCAUGAUCGAGGACGAUUUCUACCGGUCCUCAUCCCAGUUUCGAUUCUGGUCAUUCACCGAAACGUCCCUGCAAACCCUGCGGGCCAAAACCAAUUCCCUUGCCAGCGACCGCGUACGAACUGCCUUGCGCAGGGCGCGAGAUAAUCGCCAAUCGGCCGCCUCGUCGGCAGCAGGCACGCCGAAUCCCAACGGCAGCGAUGCGGACAGCAAAGCCGGAGAGGAAAAGGAUGUCGAGUGUUUGACACCGGAGGAGGAGCAAGUGCUGGUGCGAUAUUUCUGCGAACAGCUCGUUGAGCUAGGAGAGGGCUAUAAGCCGCCGCUUCCCACGAUAGUUCGGGCCACCGCAAUCCAAUACCUCCGACGCUUCUACCUCACCAACUCCCCCAUGACCUACCACCCCAAAACCAUCAUGCCAUGCGCGCUCUUCCUCGCCACAAAGACAGACAACUACUACCUCUCGCUGCGCCAAUUCGCCGAGGUUGUCCCCGGCGAGACCACCGCAGACGACAUCAUCGCGCCCGAGUUCCUCGUCAUGCAAAGCCUACGCUUCACCUUCGACGUGCGGCACCCCUUCCGCGGCCUCGAAGGCGGCAUCAUGGAACUCCAAGCAAUGGCGCAAGGCCUCGGGCAACCAGCACCUCACUUCCCCCAACAAACAGCCGACGAGCUCCGUCGCCAAAUCCUCUCCCUACCCCCCUCCCAAUCCACCCACCAGCCCUCCUCGAUCAACGAUCGCCUCGCCCGCGCGCACACGACGACCCGCGAACUCCUCAAAUCCGCCGCCCAGAUGACAGACGCAUACUUCCUCUACACGCCCUCGCAGAUCUGGCUCUCCGCCUUCCUCCUCGCCGACCGCCCCCUCACCGAAUUCUACCUCGACACGAAACUCGGCGGACCCCUCCUCUCUCAACAGGAGGGAAACCCACUCUACGCCCUCCGCACCAAACUCAUCCGCACGCUCAACGACUGCUCCGCCCUCCUUAAAUCCUACACGCCUCUCGCGUCCGACCCAGACCAGAAAAAGAACCUCCGCCGCAUCGGCAAGAAACUGUAUCAUUGCCAGAACCCUGCCCCGGAGAAAGUCAACCUGGCGGGCCAGAAACGCAUCCCGGUCGCGGCGUCGGCGGCAGGAGGUGCAGCGAGCAAUGGGGACCCUGGGACCUCGGAGAGCGAGAUGGAGCGGCUAGCGAAGAAGCGGAAGUUGGAGCGCGAGCAGAAGGAGAAAAUGGGGAAUGACUUGUUUGGGGGGGAGCUUGUUGCGCAGAGAACCAAGGAGGGGAGUCAUAGUAUGCAGCAAUAA